AUGUCUCGACUGCUAUACGUCUCAGACUUCUUGUCUGAGUUUGGAACCAAGCUGAAGUUGAGGCCGAUGCACUUCACACAGCUUCAAGAUGCCCUGAAUGGUGCUGACAAGCUGGGUGCAGCCAACAACACCACGAGUGGAGGGGCUAGUCUGGCGAUGGUGUACGAGAAGCUUUUGCAGCGCAUCCUGGACAACCUUGAGCAGGAAGGCCUUGGGGACAGGCAGGAGCGCCGGAUGUGCUGCAUCAAUGGUCCUGGCACCUGGCCCGAAGUUCUCAGAAGGUUUACUCUCAGAUGUGCUGAUGGUCCCGAAAGUGCUGUUUCCGAGAGCACAGCUGCGGCUGCCGCCUGCCUGGCCUCCAUGAGUUUGGAUGAGCUGAAGCCUGUGCAACACCUCGAGCUACUGGAAUUUCUUUGUGACGAGGCCCUGAACACAAGCGAGAUAAGAAACAGCAUGCAGGAGCGACUCGACAAAAUCGCUGACAUUUCACGAGAGAUGCGCACCACAGCUGGUGAGGAUAAGCGCAAGUUGCGGGAGUUGAUGGAUGCGCAGAGGCAGGAAAAGAAACGAAAAAGGGAUCAUGAGGCAGCUGAAGAAGCAGCUAAAGAGGAGCAGGUCAGUGACCCAGAAAACAAAAGGGCGAAGGCUUGUGCUGAGGACAGUGACAGCCGGGAGCCUUGCUUUGAACUCCCUGAGGACAUCAGGGAAUACAAUGGAGAUCCCAAUGAUCGAAAAGCCAGGACGGCAUUUCGACAGCAGUUGCAGGCAGAAAAGAAUCGCCUUGCGAUUGAGAGGCAGAGAUGGGAGGCCAAAAGGGACGAGAGCAGAAAAGCGAAAGAAGAAGAACAAAAGAAGACAGCUCGUCAGCAGGCAAAGGCUGAGGCGGCAUUGGUAAAAGAACGGGCAAAGGCUGAGGAGGCGUUGGCAAAAAAGCAAGUGGCGUAUGAAAAACUCCUCGAUAAGUACACCAUUCGACGCACACCACUGGGCCUUGAUCGCCACCAUCGCAAGUACUGGUGGGACUUUGGUGGCUGCAAACCCGUGCUGUACGCGGAGGAUUGCUCGUGUCAGUGGGCAAGCUACUCCACGGUUGAGGAAGUGAAGAAACUAAUGGAGUCCCUGGACACUCGGGGUGUCAGGGAGGUUGAGCUGCACAGGGCUUUGGAAAAGACACUACCAAGGAUGGCGUGCGCGAUGAGGAAGGCACUCUGCAAUCAGAACAAGGUGUCCAGCAAUGUGGAACAACUUCCAGGCAGACAACAGCCGGCGAGGGCAGCCAGGAAGACAGCAGCGGCAGUGCACAGCAGCAGCUCUGCUGCCACAGUGACAAAGAGCAGUGCUCAGGAACAAGUUGAAGCCGCUGCUGUGAGCGCCUCCAUUCAGGCACUGAUGGACAUGGCCAAUUUGGCGACUGCCUGCAAGGUGAGAAGCCCUGGCAGCAGCUGGAAGACAUGGAGGCGGCAGUUGGAGGCGAUUAGCAGCGCUGGGCCACACGAAACAGAGGCCAAGAUUGAGCUGCGAAGCUGUGCACUUGAACUUGAAACUGCCCUAAUUGCUGGCACUGGAGAGGAAACGUGCUACGAACCUGUGGAAAACGAAGGGAAGAAGGAAGACAUGAUUGACGACCAGAAAGACUGCGAUCACCACUGGUUUUCGGCGAUUGGCAGCAUUUUGGCAGCUGGAGGUGGAGUAGGAGACAUCAGAGGCAAUGGCAGCGAUCCAAAAGGCGCCAGCCUUUGGUCCAGUGCAUGGAGGCAAACCAGACUGGUGGAAGAGUAUCUCGAACCUGACAGAAACAACGUCGUACCAGCGUGGUGCAUGUGGCGCAGCGCCCGGGAGCGCAAAUCCUGGCACCUGGACGUCUCUUCUGCCACCACUGUCUCCCAUGUGGCUUAUUGCAUAUUGGCCCUUUCGGAGGUGGCGGCCCCUGCCCUGCAGGAGCUCAAGCUGGGGAAGAACUCCUGA